AUGGGGUUGCCGCUGCCGGAGGUGCACCUGGCGGUGAAGGAGGGCCGCUUGGCGGACGUGCAGAAGCUGCUGGAGCAAGGCAAGAACGUGAACGAGGUGGACCUGGAGGGGCAGACGCCGCUGCACACGGCCGCUAAGUACGGCCAGGACCGCAUCGCAGACCUGCUGCUCAACCAUGGCGCCAACAUGGAGGCAAAGGACAAAUGGGGGCUGUGGACGCCGCUCCACCACGCCGUGUUCAACGGAGCGACCGGCGUGGUGAAGCUGCUGCUGGAGAGGAGCUGCGACAAGGAGGCGCGGGACCAGAAGAUGUUCACUCCGCUGCACUGCGCUGCGUCGAGUGGCAGCGUGGAGGUGGUCAAGGUGCUGCUGCAGAGGGGGGCCAACAAGGCGGCCAAGAACAAGGACGGGCAUACCCCGCAGCAGCUGGCGGAGCACGGCAAACGGGCUGACGUCAUCAGGAUCAUCAAUGCGCACACGGCCAGCAGGCGGGGCUCCACCAUGGUGGGCGGUGCGGUGGCGGAGACGAUCGCGCAGGUGGACCUGAUGCGGCGCGCGGAGGCGAGCGUGGGGCGCGCGUACGACGAGAUUGCGGCACGGCGCGCGCAGGCCAAGCUGGAGGAGAUGGAAGAGAAGAAGAAGGCCGCCGAGGACCGCGCGCGCGAGGCCACCGACAAACUGCAGGACGCGCUCGACCGGGCCGCGCAGGCGGAACGGAAGCAGUCCGACGCGGAAGCUGUGGCCCGUCGCGAGGAGGACAUCCGACGGCAGGCAGAGGAGAGCGCGGCGUCCGAGAAGAUUCUGAGAGCCGCCGCCGAAGAGCGCGCGCUGGAGAGCGCGACUGCGCGCGGGCGGGCCGAGGCAGGCGCAGCGGCCGCGGAGGCGAAGCGGCAAAAGGCCGAGAAGCGUGUUGAGGAGCUGACGUCUGCGCUGGAGGAGACGCGCAAGACGCUGGACGACGCGACGCACAUCCGGGAGAAGCUGGAGAAGCAGCUCCAGGCGGAGGUGCACGCGGGCCACCAGGCGCGCGCGGCCGCCGACGCAGCCGAAGAGCGCGCGCGCGCUGCCGAGACACGCGCGCAGUCCGCAGAGGAAGAGGCGGAGGCUGCGCGGAAGGAGGCGGCCGAGGCGGGUGAGCGCGCGAGCGAGGCGGGGGUGCGGGCGACUCAGGCAGAGAAGCGGUGCGCGGCCUCCGAGCAAACGGCGGGCGAGGAGUCCGCCAAACGGAAGGAAGCCGAGGCGGCCGCGGCGCGCGAGUCGAGCCUGCGCUGCGACUUUGAGCAGGUGGCAAGCGCCGCCGAGAAGCGGCGGAACGAGCUCGAGUUGGUCAACCGGAAGCUGGAAUACAAGCUGACGGGCGCGCAAGAGAUGGCGCGCGAGGAGCGCGCGAAACGCGAGUCCGAGGCGGGCAAGGCAGACGAGAAAACUCGCGAGCUCGAGGCGCGGCUCGCGGACGCGCUGCGGAAGGUGGAGGAGCAAGAAAAGUGCGCGGGAGAGGCGGAGAGACGCGCGCGCGAGUUGGAGAAGAAGCAGUUCAUCGCGGACAGUCGGCUCUUGGAAACGGAGAACGAGCUUCAGCGGUUGAAGAGGGACGGGGACCGGUUGGAAGCGGAGCUGGCGAAAGCGCGCGCGAUGAUGCAGGAGUGGAAGGCGCGCGCGGUGGACAACGAGGUGCGGCGGGCAAACGCGGAGGCACGGGCCACGAUCGAGGGGAACAAGGUCGGGGACCUCGAGGCCAAGCUGGUGGACAUCCAGCUCCGGGCGGCGGGUGACGUCAACAGCGAGAGCGCGAAGCGGCGGCAGGCGGAGGCGGCUGUGCGCGACGAGAAGGAGAAACGCGAGCGCGCGGAGGCGAUCGCGGCCGAGGAGGCGCGGGCACGCGAGCUUUUGGAAAGGCGGGACGCGGAGGCGGCCGCCAAGAUGCAGGAGCUGCAGUUCUCGGUGCAGUGCGGGGUCGAGAAGCAGUCGCAGCUGCAGAAGGCGCUCGCGGAAGAAAGCGCGAAGCGCGCGCAUAUCGAAGCCAAGCUCAAGGCGGAGGCAGAGGCGCGGGCCGCCUUGGAAGCAGCCAUUUCCCAUGAAAUCGCGAGAGCAGAGGCGCAUAAGCGCGCGCUCGCUCAAGCGGAGGAUGACUUCAAGGAGUUGAAGGAGCGAGCCCGGGAGGCGGAAGAGGGGACCGGAGCGGAACGGAAGCGGAAGGAGGAGCUCGAGUUGGCGCUCGUAGAAGAGAGCAACCGUCGGAUGGCCGCCGAGAGCCGCGCCGCGCACGAGGGCGCCAAGCGUGCUGACGCAGAGGCACGUGCCCUGGCGGCCGAGAAGAGCGGGUCCCUGGCCGAAAUCGAAGCGCUCGAAAACGCGCGCGCGGAGGCGCGGGCCGAAGCCGCCAAGAGGGAGGAGGCGGAGAUGCGCGCGCGGGAAGAAGCGCUAAAACGUCAGAUGGCAGAAUCACAGGUCGAGAACGAUGCUCGAGAGCGCGCUGCCCUGCGCGCGCAGUUGACGGAGGAGCACGCCAAGCGGUCCGCGCUGGAAGCGAGCGCGCGCGAGGAGCGCAGGCGCUGCGAAGAGGGCGACGGGGCACUGCGCGAGGCAACGGGGAGGGCUGCGCGGCUGGAGGCAGCGCUGGCGGAAGCGCAAAGCGGCGCGUCUGGCGCAGCGCGCGAGCGAGAGGAGCUGGAGGCGAAACUAGCGGCUGAGGCGGAGAAAGCCCGCGAGCUGGCGUCCCGGCUGGAGCAGGCCCACAGCGCGCGCGUUCAAACCCUCGACACCGCGGCCGCGAGCGCGCUCCACAAGCAGGUGGAAGAGGUCCAGCAGCGCCUCCGGAGCGAGUCGGAGGAGCGCGCGUCGGCUCAGGCGCGCGUCGCGGAGGCGGAGGCCCGGCUGGCCGACGCAGAAGAGAGAGCGGCGGCCGCCGAGAAACUGGUCGCCGAGGCGCGCGCGCUCGCGCGCAGCAGGGGAGAGGCGAGGGAGGAGGUGGCGCGGAAGCGGGCGGAAGAGGCGGAGGAGCGACUGAAGGAGUCCGAAGCCCGUCGCCUCGAGGCCGAAGCGCGCGCAGAAGAGGAGGCGGCCCGGCGCGCGCGGGCUGAGUCCAGCUUGCAGAGCCUUUCGCAAAGCCAGGCGUCGCUCGCGCGCCUUCAGGAGGAGGCGAACGCGCGCGCGGAGGAGAGAGCGGUGGAGCUGGCCGACGCAGCCAUGGCCGGGGAAAUGGAGAAGCGGCGCGCGGCGGAAGCAAAGCGGGCCGACAGCGAGGCGCGGCUCAAGGCCGAGGCGGCCAAACGUGCGGAGGCGGACGCAAAGGCCGCGCGCGAGGAGGCGCGGCGCAACGAGCUGGAGCAGCGGCUGGUAGCGGCAGAGGCCGCGCGCGCGGGCCUGGAGUCAAAGGUACGCGAGGCGGAGCGGCUCGCGGAGAAGAGCGCGCGCGCGUUUGAGGAGGCGAUGAACAAGAGCGAGGCCAAGGCGCAGGCGCUCGUGGAGUCGGCGGCGCAGGAAGAGGCCCGGAAGCGGAAGGCUGCCGAGGCCAAGCUUCAAGAGGAAGCAGCGAAGCGCGCGGCCGCGGAGUCGAAGCUGAGCGCGACGGAGAUGAAGAAGGGCGACGCGGAGGCGCGCGCCAAAGAGGCGGAGCUGCGCCGAGCGGAGGUCGAGAAGCAGCUCAAGGCAGAGCAGGCGAGGCUAGCGGAUAUGGAGGCAAAGAUGCGCGACGCGCUGCGCAAGCGCGAGGAGGCGGAGAUGAAGGCGCGCGCGAUGACGCUCUCGCUCGCGGAGAGCAUGGACGGCGCGGCCGCGGAGGCGACCAUCAAACAGAUCGAGAAAGACACGAAACUGUCGACGGACCCCAUCAGCGACGACGAGGACGGCAAGAAGAAGAAGGGGGGGGGCAUGUUUGACAAGCUCAAGGCGUACAGGAUGGGCAAGACCUAG